UGAAAUACCCACGGCAUUUCUCGCGAGCUUGGAGCAGCAGGCUGCUCUGCUCCGGCUCUGUGCGUUAUCGGUUACGACACCUCAGUGUAAACAGCCAUGGCUGCCCUGCGCAGGCUUAUACAUUCACUCGCUAACAGCUCCAGAAAAGGGACGUGGAAACAACCAACACCCUCCAAGGCGCUCAAAGUUAUCGCAGCUGGAGCGUGCGUCACGGCCGCGGCCGGUGCUGCUUAUUACGGCUGCUCGUCUGUCGGCAGGCGCUCCGGGUUGAAGAGCCAUGUCGAGGCUCGACUCUUUCAUCUGGCGCUCCCAUCAGUCUCUGCCACCGAAAAGGUCAGGACCUUUGGUCUGGAUGAUGGAGACGUGUACAUGUCGUCCUAUGAAAACAGAUUUCGCCUGUUCAGCUCGGUGGAGUGCGAGGGCCAGCUCUACAUGACGCCGCUAAACUUCAUCGAGUCCAUCACUUUGAAUGAACCCAAGAGUAAGAGAGCGUGGAAGUCCCUGACGAAAAAGGAGUUAGACAAGAUGUUGGCUGAUACCCCGCCUGUUUGGAAAGGAUCAUCUAAUUUGUUUAGAAAUCUUCGCGAACGAGGUGCCAUAAGUUACACCGAGUACCUCUUCCUGCUCUGCAUUUUAACAAAGCCCCAUGCAGGCUUCAGGAUCGCUUUCAACAUGUUUGACGCGGAUGGGAAUGAAAUGGUCGACAAAAGGGAGUUCUUGGUGCUGGAAGAAAUUUUCCGCAAGAAAAAGGACAAGAAAGAAGUUGGUGAAGACGUGCAAAGAUUUGACCAGCAGAGCCUGCAGCUGUACGGGCAUCACAAAUCCCAGCCGCACAGUGUUCUUAAAAAAGACAGUCCGCAUGCAGAGGCCCGGGGCAUGUGGGAUGUUCUCAGACGUGGCACAAGUCAAGUUCUGUUUUCUGAUCUCACCGAGCACGUGGAUGAGAAAACAGAGACAACACUGCUGGUGCAUUUCUUUGGAAAAAAAGGCAAAGCCGAGUUGAAAUUUGAAGAUUUUUACAAGUUCAUGGACAACCUGCAGACAGAGGUGCUUGAGAUAGAGUUCCUCUCCUACUCCAAAGGCCUGCCCACCAUCAGCGAGGAAGACUUCGCUCGGAUCCUCCUUCGCUACACCAACGUGGAUGACGUCAGCGGGUAUUUGGAAAACGUGCGCCACGGCAUCCCAGAUGAAAAGGGAAUCACCUUUGAGGAGUUCAGGUCCUUCUUCCAGUUCCUCAACAACCUGGAGGAUUUUACCAUCGCCAUGCAAAUGUACAACUUCGCCAACCGCUCCGUUGGUCAAGAGGAGUUUACCCGCGCUGUCUACGUGGCUACAGACAUCAAGCUGACCCGCCACUUGGUCAACACCGUCUUCAAGAUCUUCGACGAGGAUCGCGACGAUAAACUCAGCCACAAGGAGUUCAUUGGCGUCAUGAAGGAUCGGCUGCAACGCGGGGACGGGGGGGUCAGGGUGGAGGAGAAGUUUACCUCCUUCAAGUCCUGCUUGAAGAAGGAGCUCUCAGGCAAAUAGGUGAAAAUCUCAUCGUCGACGGUGCAUGUCUUACAAAACUGGACGAGCUGUGCCUCCAAGGACAGGCGGGUUAAUGCAUGUUGCAGCAUCUUAUUAGACUAAAAUAAGCAGGAAGUUGUACAAGCAGGAUGUGGUCAACGUAACAGGAAGCUGUUGCAAAGAAUGACCCGUUAUGAACCUUGAGAGAAAACACACUGAACUCGGUGUAACGGGGCUCUAAAUUGGACUAAUUAGUUACUGUAACUGCUCAGAAGAUAUUGAAUUAUUUAUUGAUGACUCUACUUGUAAAUACAUGUUUCAGUUCACAGUUGUUAACACUGAUUUUAUUUAUUUAUUUAUUUAUUUAUUUAUCUAAAAGUCUAAUUACUGCUGCGUCAGUUUGAUUCUCCUUUUUGUCCCGAGCCUCACCCUGCACGGCGGCAGCAGCAGCAGCAGCAUUGCUCACAUACUUUGCCCUUCUGUCGGCUCUGCAGCCCCCCUGCAUGGAUCAGCUUAGGACAGCACCUCCCUCCCUCCUCCUCUCUAUCCUCCUUCCUGUCCUCCUCCUCCUUUCUCCCAAAGCGCUGCAGCUAAAAAAUCCUCCAGGAUCCCCCAGAGCCAACAGUCCUGAUCAAACUCACUCGGUCUGUGGCUUUUUCACUGUUUAACUACAGGCAGCUAACGGUGUUAAUCAUUUCUUGGCUGGUUAAGACAAGUGCUAUUUUAAUGCCACUGGCAGGGAAGACCUCUUUAUAAAUAAAUAUGAAUACUGAAGCCAUAUGUUUGUUCCACUCUUCGGACACUGCUUGAAUUAGUGUCAAAUUUAAAGGAGCAAACUCUUAAAACGACCGUCCCUUUAAACUCUGUAAGGAGGAGUUUACACUUUAAUCUUCAUACAAAUCUACUCUUAUACUCGUGUGCACUAUCUUACUGAGAACGUCUUGAUGAUUGUUGUUUCCUGAUGUAAUGUUUGCUUUGGGUGGAGCCCUGUACUGAAGAUAUCACCGUGUUACACCAGACUAAUGGACUUGUGUUUCCGACUACUUUCUGUUUUCAUUUCGGAUGUUUGGAUUGGUUUGUCUACCUCUUGGAGAGCUUUGAAACUUCUUAAAAAUCAGGGCUCGACUGUUACACAGAUGUUGGAGCACAGAGGCAUUUAUAAUGAUGUGGUGCAAUAAAUAAAAUAUAAAACAUUCA